UCUUUCUCCGAUGAAUCUAAACAGACUGCCCCUUUUAAACAUCCGUGUCCUUUCAGUGCUCUACACUUUGCUUCGUACACCACCGUUUGUGUUCUGAUACAGAAAAUAACCUCGUUUGACGUAGUGUCAAAACCUGUGCUGUUAAGGCUUACUCUCUCCAUCCACAAGAGUAAACUAUUUCAUAUUUUAUUUUUUUUUUCUAAAUAAGUUGUUUCUAUUGGUAGUCUUUAUUCAUCUAAAAUUUAAAUAGAGAGGUAAAAUUAAAUGUUUGAUCAGAAUCCGAGUAGUCAUAUUAAUACUCAUUGUUGCAUGCGUGUAUAUACUUCUUGAUUUUUGUUAGAUACAAUAUGAGUUAACUUCUACUUAAUUUUGGUGACGAAAGUAAUACGUACGUACAUAACUUUUGUGGAAUAGAGUAUAUUACUUGUUCCUUAUGCUUUAUUCUAUUUGUUUGCACAGAUCUCUCAUUGCACAAAAACAAUAUGACAUCAAACAACUGAUACAUAUUUCCGUAGAAAAAACAAACGGAUUCAAACUUCUGCAUAUUUCAAUUAAUAUCUGACACGUUCUCCCGAUUUGCAUGAAACUUUUUUUCUCUCUCUCUUCCUAGUUCUUUUUUUAUAUUUUUCUUCUUCUCGUGGUGUACAUGUGAGUGGCAGUGCAGCCAGUCAUAAAUUCAGAAUGCAUAAUUUCUCAAACCCAAGUCCUCAAGGGCGUACUGUACGUACGCACGUGCUGAAUGCUAGCUAGCAAUAAUCAAAUCGUUUAACUUGACUUGGAAGAUAGUACUCCCUCCCACCCUAAGUUGCUAUACUAUGGGACGGAUGGAGUAUAACACAAGUACACAGUUAAUAUUUCAUAUUAGUAGAACAACCCACCGUCUAUCCCACAGGCUUAGAAAUGGCACAGGUAAGAAACGAGAGACUGCAUAAAGUUUACUUUGCAAGAUUUGGUUAUGUAUCAAGAUAGCUUAGCCCUAAACCACCUAAAAUAGGGUACGAGGGAUUUAAGAGUCCGGAUUAAAUAUAUGAGUGGUGUAUUUUUUUUCUUUCAUAAUUGAAGAGGUUAAUUAUUGUACUUUUUGUAAUAGUUGAGGUGGUGAACUGGACCUACGAUGAAAGGGAGUGAUAUAGAUAGCUGAAUCAUAAACUAGAUCUAGAUGACUUCGCUUAUAUUAUUAUUACUUUUUCAGCAUAAACCCAUGUUGCAUGUAACAUAGAAUCAUAUUGUGUAGUAUCGUUAUAGGGUAGUUGUGGAUGAUACUUCCUAUGAGUUCAGCAUGCUUAGGACAAUUCCUCAGAGCUUCACCCCGUGGGAUGAUAGAGCAGUUCAACAGAGCACCUCCUCUUCGUGUGAGCAUAAGAGGAGCUGCAGGUGUUGAGAAGAGCCUGGGAUUAGGGAGGAAUGCGGGAAGCCAACAAGGCAUGCAGAAGAACCAACUGCAGGAUAAGAUAAGGAAGCAACUUCGGGAAGUUCAAUUAUCACCAUCUUCAUACGACACGGCAUGGGUAGCCAUGGUGCCAGUGCAGGGCUCUCAUCAAACUCCACGCUUCCCGCAAUGUAUCGAGUGGAUACUGCAAAACCAACAUGAUGAUGGAUCUUGGGGCACAAACCUGCCAGGUUCGGUUGUCAACAAAGACAUUCUUUUGUGUACAUUGGCAUGUGUUGUUGCACUGAAAAGAUGGAAUACUGGACGAGAUCACAUCAGCAGAGGACUGAAUUUUAUUGGAAAAAAUUUCUGGGUUGCCAUGGAUGAGCAAACUAUUGCUCCUGUGGGUUUUAACAUUACCUUUUCUGGCUUGCUUAACCUUGCCACUGGAACGGGUUUGGAAUUCCCUGUUAUGCAAACAGAUAUUGAUGGGAUUUUUCACAUGCGGAAGAUUGAAUUGGAAAGGGAUGCUUAUGGUACAGCUUCAUCAAGAAGAGCCUUCAUGGCAUAUGUGUCUGAAGGGUUGGGCAGCCUACAAGAUUGGGAUCAGGUAAUGGCAUAUCAAAGGAAGAACAGAUCGAUUUUCAACUCACCUUCUGCAGCUGCUGCUACAGUAAUCCAUGGCCACAACGAUAGUGCCCUCUGUUACUUGGAUUCACUUGUAAGCAAGCUCGAUGGCCCAGUCCCAGUGAUGUAUCCGCAAAAUGCUUACUCACAGCUUGGCAUGGUGGAUACUCUUGAAAAGAUGGGUAUCUCUAAUAAUUUUUCUUGUGAAAUAAGUGAUAUAUUGGACAUGAUAUACAGGUUAUGGAUACACAACGAGGAGGAGCUAAUGUUGGACAUGGGAACAUGUGCGAUGGCAUUUCGCCUACUACGUAUGCAUGGUUAUGACAUCAGUUCAGAUGGAAUGGCUCAAUUUGUGGAACAAUCCAGCUUUGAUGACUCAAUUCAUGGAUAUCUAAAUGAUACUAAGGCUUUGCUGGAGUUGUACAGAAGUUCACAAAUUCGUUGCUUGGAAGAUGAUUUGAUUCUACAAGAUAUUGGUUCUUGGUCAGCAAGAGUACUACAGGAAAAAAUAUCUUCCAAAAUGACACACAAAUCAGAAAUGCUAGAGGUGGAGUAUGCCUUGAAAUUCCCAGUCUAUGCCACCUUGGAAAGGCUAGAGCAGAAGAGGAACAUAGAACAAUUCAAGACCAAGGAACAACUAAAAAUUGAGGGCUUCAAGCUGCUGAAAUCAGGAUACCGUGGCGCUAUUACACAUGACGAAAUUCUAGCUUUGGCUGUUGACGAAUUCCAUUCCUCUCAAUCUGUCUACCAACAAGAACUCCAAGACCUUAAUAGUUGGGUGGCACAGACCAGAUUGGAUGAGCUGAAAUUUGCAAGAUUAAUGCCAUCGAUCACCUAUUUCAGUGCUGCUGCAACCAUGUUCCCUUCUGAAUUAUCCGAAGCCCGCAUUGCAUGGACCCAGAACUGCAUCUUGACGACCACAGUCGAUGACUUCUUUGACGGUGAUGGAUCAAAAGAAGAAAUGGAGAACUUGGUCAAAUUAAUAGAGAAGUGGGACGGGCACGGUGAGAUUGGCUUCUCCUCCGAGUGUGUAGAGAUUCUAUUCUAUGCUAUUUACAACACGAGCAAGCAGAUUGCGGAAAAGGCCGUGCCGCUGCAGAAACGCAAUGUCGUGGAUCAUAUCGCCGAAUCGUGGUGGUUCACAGUGAGGGGCAUGUUGACCGAGGCAGAAUGGAGGAUGGACAAGUAUGUGCCAACAACAGUGGAGGAGUACAUGUCAGCUGCCGUGGACUCCUUUGCUCUAGGCCCCACCAUCACCUCAGCGGCAUUGUUCGUCGGACCAGAGCUCUCGGAAGAGGUUUUCAGGAGCAAGGAGUACAUCCACCUAAUGAACCUUGCGAACACUAUCGGCCGCCUUCUCAAUGACAUGCAGACAUACGAGAAGGAAAUCAAAAUGGGGAAGGUCAAUAGCGUCAUGUUGCAUGCUCUUUCCCACAGCGGCGGCGGCCGCGGCUCACCGGAGGCAUCGAUGGAGGAGGCCAAGAGAGAGAUGAGGAGGGUUCUCCAGGGUAGUAGGUGUGACCUCCUAAGGCUGGUGACUAGAGAUGGGGGGGUUGUUCCUCCACCGUGCAGGAAGCUCUUCUGGUUCAUGAGCAAGGUUUUGCACUUCGUCUACAUGGAAAAGGACGGGUAUUUCACGGCCGAUGGGAUGAUGGCAUCAGCAAAUGCGGUGAUUCUUGAUCCCCUGCAAGUGACACUUCUUCCAUCUGGUUUGGGAACGCUGUGACCAAACAAAACCUGAAAUUUGUACUGUGUUAAGCUGCCUGAAAGUGUUUAUUGCUCGUGUAGCUUUCCUGCAAAUUAUAACUACUAGGUCGAAAUAAGUUACUUGUAAUGUCUAUCACUCAAUAAUUCUUGGUCUAGAAAGCAUGUAGUGUAUUCAAACGUUCAACGUUUUACUCGUAAGUAUGAAAUAAGUUGCUUGUAAUGUAUACAACUACUCUUUUCAGUCCUGCAAAA